AUGGAAUCUACAUGUAAAGAAAGACGUCUUUUAUACUUACUUUUCUUUGCAAUUUGCACAGCCGGCGUCUGCUUUUGUGCAAGAAGAUCAAAUGUGCGGAGAUCUGAUCGUCUGAGUCCUCCUCUGGACAUCCAGCUGGAGACCAUCAACUGCACCGCCUUCAGUGUACGAUGGAAAAUGCCCCGGCGACAUGUCAGCACCAUCACUGGAUACAAGGUCUUCUACACGGAGGUGAAGAACGGCCGCUUAGUGGGUACAGCAGCCAUGAUGGAGGUGCCUCUGAGUUUAGACAUGCUGACCACUGGCCAGUUCGACGGACAAGCCAGCUUCGAUGUGGACGUUGGUAACCUAAAGGUCAACGCUAAGUACAGAGUCAGCGUUGGAGCGUAUGGCUGGGCAGGGGAGGGCAGACCCAGCAUGCCCAGAGACAUCAGCACCGCCUCACAUGACAUGUGCAUGCCCCCUUCGCCCCCCACUCAGCCCGUUGUCAUGGCGGUGUCUGACACGGAGCUGGCGUUGUCUUGGCAGCCAGGAGAGAGCGAGGGAAGUGCACCUGUUCUUCACUACCUGGUGGCUUACAUCAGGCCAGAAAUGGACACUGAGUGGACGUACAUUCGUGAGCCCAUUGAGACCAACUCCAUGGUUCUGAAAGGGUUAAUCCCGGAGACGGAGUACCAGUUUGUUGUCAGGGCGGUCAACGUGCACGGAGUCAGCCCACCCAGCCACAUCAACAACCCCGUGCGCACUCUCGGUGCUUCAGACGUUGGCAGCGGUGAUUACGGACGUUACAUCACAGACCCCAAAGAUGAAGAUGGAUUUGAUGUGGAUGACUCUGAUUACGAUAUUUUUAUUGAAGAGUUGAAGCCGUUUCCAGGUAUCAGUCAGGACAACAGGAAGUCCCAACUCCGAUCGCGCGCUGGUCCCCCAAAUGGCCGAAACGUUGUUUACCGUAUGAACACCAUCGCUCCUCCUAACGUCACUGCCCCACCAGUUUCCACCACCACCUCCUCCAUCUUAUCAGACUUCACCGAUCUGGUUUUCUCGGUCACAUCAGAGCGCAGCAGCACCCCCGACACCCCAACUACCGCCACGUUUACCACGACCAGCAUCCCUUUGUCCACCACCACCACCACCACCCCGACCAUGUCGCCCUGGAAGGGUGAGGUUCCUCGUGUCUACGACCUGACCUGUGACGAUACCGUGUGUCCACCCGACAGCUUCUGUCUCAGCGACUAUGAUGGGGGAGGGUCUCGCUGCCACUGUAACCUUGGACGAAGAGGAGACACUUGUUCUGAGGUGGUGUCCGUGAACUUUCCCAGGUUUUACGGCUACUCUCAUAUGACGUUUGAACCGCUGAAAAACUCGUACCAGACCUUUCAGAUCACUUUGGAGUUCAAGGCAGAUUCUGAAGACGGCUUGCUGCUGUACUGUGGAGAGAACGAACACGGCCGUGGAGACUUCACCUCUUUGGCUUUGGUCCGAGGCAAACUUCACUACAGGUUUAACUGUGGUACGGGAGCAGCUCAGAUCGUCAGCGACAGUCGCAUCGUUGUGGGUCAGUGGCACACAGUGACCGUGUUCAGAGAUGGCAUGAGCGGUUGGCUCCGGAUGGACAAUGACACCCCCAUAUCUGGACGUUCACAGGGUCAGUACACCAAGAUCACUUUCCGCUCUCCGCUGUAUGUGGGUGGAUCCCCGAGUGCGUACUGGCUGGUCAGAGCGACGGGGACGAACCGGGGUUUUAUUGGCUGCAUUCAGAGUCUGACCAUCAACAACAAGGCGACAGACGUCCGACCCUGGCCGCUGGGCAGAGCUCUGAGCGGCGCUGACAUAGGCGAGUGCAGUGACAGUGUGUGCGAUCUGGUCAGCUGCACCAACGGCGGCGUGUGCUUUGCGAACCGGGCUGACGGCUACAUCUGCUUGUGUCCGCUGGGCUUCAGAGGAGCGCUUUGCGAAGAGAGUUUCUCAGUGUCCUCGCCGCUCUUCAAUGAAACAGUGUUUUCGUACGCCGUCAUCCCCUGGCCUCAGUCCUCUCAGAGUUAUCUGUCCUUUACGGAGUUUGAGGUGACAUUUCGGCCGUCGCUGCCCGACGGGGUGCUGCUGUACAGUGAUGACGCAGGCAGCGGAGACUUCCUGGCUAUAAACCUGGUGGACAGAUAUGUAGAGUUCAGGUUCGACUGCGGCUCUGGAGGAGCUGUAAUAAGGAGUGAGGAGCAGAUCAGUCUGGACUCGUGGCAUGAGCUCAGAGUGUCUCGCACAGCGAAGAGCGGCAUCCUGCAGGUGGACAGCCAGAGGCCGAUGGAAGGAAUUGCUGAGGGAGCUUUCACUCAGAUCAACUGCAGCUCACCUCUCUAUAUUGGCGGAGUGCCAGAAUACGAUAAAACCAAGAAGACAGCCGGCGUGAAGAAGCCCUUCACUGGAAUCAUUCAGAAGCUGAUUCUCAAUGACCGCACCAUCCCAAUAACGACUGGCUCUGCUGGUGGAGUCAACAUUGCAAAUUCAGUGCACCCGUGCGUGGAAAGUCCCUGUGCCAACGGAGGGACCUGCAGGCCCAAGUGGGACGGAUACGAGUGUGACUGCCCUCUAGGGUACGACGGCCGGCACUGCCAGAAAGAGUGUGGGAAUUAUUGUUUGAACACUGUGACUGAAGCCAUAGAGAUUCCUCAGUUCAUUGGACGGAGCUACUUGACUUAUGACAACAGAGACAUCCUUAAAAGGGUGUCUGGGUCCAGGACCAACCUUUUCAUGCGGUUUAAGAGCACAGCGAAGGACGGCUUGUUGCUGUGGCGAGGAGACAGUCCAAUGAGACCCAACAGUGACUUCAUCUCUAUGGGUCUUCAGGAUGGAGCUCUAAUCUUCAGUUACAACCUGGGCAGCGGUGCGGCUAACAUUGUUGUCAACGGGACCUUUAUCGACGGGAAAUGGCACCGAGUCAAGGCUGUGAGGGAUGGCCAGUCAGGGAAGCUGACGGUUGAUGACUAUGGAGCAAAGACGGGCAGGUCACCUGGAAAGAUGAGGCAGCUGAAUAUCAAUGGACCCUUAUUUGUUGGUGGCAUGAAAGAAAUAGCUCUUCACACAAACAGACAAUACAUGGGAGGCCUGGUGGGCUGCGUGUCCCACUUCACGCUCUCCACUGACUAUCACUUAGCACUGGUGGAGGACGCUGCUGACGGCAAGAACAUCAACACCUGCUCCAACUAA